CUGGAGACAGGAGGAAACGAGCUACCACUAGUUAGCUUUUUGUUGACAUUCAAAGUAACUUUAUCAUCGAAUUUAACACACUUUCGGAUUGUUUUUUAAGUUCAUUACCAGCCACAGUCGUUGGGUAGUUUAGUACACUUCUUUUCUGGACAGAAGUGCGGUGCAGAAGUCUCCACUAGUCGACCCAGGAGAUGGCAUCGAGAGGAGGGUUCUCUCCCAUGAGUCUGAGCUCCAGCUCCAUGAGUGUCGGACACGCUGCUGCAGGCAUGAGGUUGCCAGGUUUGCCCCAGCCUCCUGCAGGAUACCCCCGGACCCAGUACCCCCAGCGCCCAGGGAUGCCAUCCAACAGAGUAGGGGGCCCCAUGGGGUCAAUGGGGGGUCAGCUGCCUGGUCCUUCUUAUGGUGGUGGGAACAUGCCCAUGCGGCAAGGCAUGGGGCCUCCAAGCAUGGACGCCUCAAGGAAACGGUUCCUUCAUCUCCAGCAACAGCAGCAGCAAGAGGCACUGGGAGGCCUAAGACGAGGAGCAAAAAGACGCAAGAUGGCUGACAAGGUUCUCCCACAGAGGAUCCGAGACCUGGUCCCAGAGUCCCAGGCCUACAUGGAUCUCUUGGCGUUUGAGAGGAAACUGGAUCAGACCAUCGCCCGUAAGCGUAUGGAGAUUCAGGAAGCCAUCAAGAAGCCCAUUAUGCAAAAACGUAAGCUCAGGAUCUACAUUUCUAACACGUACACUCCCAGCAAACCCGAGGGUGAUGAGGCAGAGAAGGUGUCCUCCUGGGAACUGAGAGUGGAGGGGAAACUUCUGGAGGAACCUGGCAAGCAGAAGAGGAAGUUCUCAUCUUUCUUCAAAAGCCUGGUGAUUGAGCUUGAUAAGGAGCUCUAUGGACCUGACAACCACUUAGUAGAGUGGCACAGAAUGCCCACUACUCAGGAGACAGACGGUUUCCAAGUCAAAAGGCCCGGCGACGUGAACGUUAAAUGCACCCUCCUGCUCAUGCUCGACCACCAGCCCCCUCAGUACAAACUGGACCCACGGCUGGCUCGUCUGCUGGGUGUGCACACACAGACGAGAGCCAGCAUCAUGCAAGCCCUUUGGCUCUACAUCAAGAACAACAAGCUGCAGGACUGUCAUGAGAAGGAGUACAUCAACUGCAACCGCUAUUUCAGACAGAUCUUCGGCUGUCCUCGCAUGAGGUUCUCUGAGAUUCCCAUGAAGCUGGCCGGCCUGCUGCAGCACCCUGACCCCAUCAUUAUCAAUCACAUGAUUAGUGUGGACCCCACAGAUCAGAAGAAGACAGCGUGCUAUGACAUCGAUGUGGAGGUGGAUGACCCGCUGAAGGGCCAAAUGAACAGCUUCCUGUCCUCUACAACCAACCAACAGGAAAUUGCUGCGCUGGAGAUGAAGAUUCACGAGACAAUUGAGUACAUCAACCAGCUGAAGACCGAGAGAGACUUCAUGCUGAGCUUCAGCAAUAAACCACAGGACUUCAUCCAGGACUGGCUCAAGUCUCAGUGCAGAGAUCUGAAGUUGAUGACAGAUGUGACAGGAAACCCAGAGGAGGAGAGGAAAACUGAGUUCUACCAGGCUCCCUGGGUACCAGAGGCAGUGGGGAGAUACGUUUACUCCAGAUUGCAGCAGAGAAGACAAGAGCUGGAGCAGGUUUUGGGUAUCCGACUCACCUAAAGACAUAUUCCACUGCCAGCUUAAGUUGAUUCAUCAAAUGUUAAUGUCUACUCAAUCAAUAUCGAAAUGUGAUGGGAAAGAAAUGAGCUAAUGUUGCAGCUUAAAUGUUCAUAAAGCCAUCCUCACUGACAUGGUAUGAUAGACUAGCGUUUAAGUGAAAUACAUACAAGAUAAUAGGUCUAAUAUCAACAAAGUAUACAGGACCAAAAUGAUUAACAUGUACUUAAUAAUGUUUGCCUUGCAUUGUCUGUCACUUUUAGCCUGUUCAAAUAGUCUUUGCUCUGUUUUGUAAUAUGUUUUGUUAAUGGUACAAUAUGCUUAAAUAGUUUUAAGUAUCGGUGCUGUUUAGGUGGUUUUCACCAUCACAUUGUGUGCUAUUUUGAAAAGGGUGUCUGUUUACCUUCACAUUUAAAAGCCAUAACCUUUAAAAAAGGAGCAAUUGCAAAAUAUAUCCGUGCUGAGAACAUUGUACACCAGAAAAAUAUAUAUUUUAAUUUCAAAAAUGUAUGUAGAAAAAAAAAAGAAUAUAUAUACAUACUAUAUAUAAAGUAUAAAUAUAUACUUUAAAAAACAAAAAAUAGGAAUUCUUAAGAUGUCUCAUAGCUGAUAGGAAUUGAUAAGAAGCUUUUUAUGCCAACAAUAAUUUUAGGUGCUGUUUUUUUUAUCAUGGUGGUUAUAUCAUUUGAAAUGAAACAUUUCUUGAUUGAGCCAUUUAUUUGAGUCUGCUCUGUCCAGCUGGAAUUCAGCAGUCCUUUUUUGUACUUCUUGGAUGUUUACAUGCUGGUAUGUUUGUUAUUGGGGUUGGUACAGUUAUUGUUAUAAUGGCGGGAAUAUGAACUGUGGGCUUUUCGGAUUAAAGGGUUAUUCCUGGAAGAUCAAUACCUCCCAAGAAGAUUAACUGAUAUUAACAAAAUAGGAAUGCAGUUGUAGUGUGUCAAUUUAACAAUGCACCACAUUGUUGUGUACAGUUUAUGGUGUCAUGGGUUAACUUUUCUUUGAAAUGCUAUUUUGUUAUGAUUUUGUAUCAGAGGGUUUCCUAAUUGUCUUUAAACAUUCCCUGUUAAGAGGUAUCACAGUGCCAAAAUUUGUUUUGUGAAGAAGGCACUUAGAAUUUGAGAAAUGUUGUAUACAAAUAUUUUUUUGUACAGCCUUUGUAAAAAUGUUUGCAUGUUGUGUAUCAAUCAAAGGCCACUUAACUUUCAUACAUUUUUUUUUGUAUUUUUUACAAUAAAUAUACUUGCAAAUG